UGGGGGGACGGACCCCGCGGUGCCAACGGGGAGCUGGGUUAUGGUGCAUGAAGUGCCACAUUGGGACCCCGCAGGCAGCACCGGGGUCCCUGGCCCAUGGCGCUGCACCCCCAUGGGUGGCACAGCAUGGCACCCCAAGGAGCAGGAGCGGCCAUGCCAGGCCUUGCUCCUCCAUCCCACCGCCCUCCUCGGGGACCAAAAGAGGCUGAGACCCUCCCUAGGAGAAUGCACAGCUGCGUUUGCACCCCAGGAAGGAGCCGAGUGCGUUGGGGCCCAACGCCCUGCACCCACGCGGGGCAGGACGGGCGGUGACGCAGCGGGCUGGCACGCCGGGGGCUGGCGAGGGUGCCGGGCUCGGCGGGAGGCAAAGUGGUGCUGCAGGCUGAGCCGAGCACACCGGGAGCGUUGCCCCUGCUCUGCCUGGCUCCCCCCGUACCGUAUACCCCACCCCGGCACGGGGCUCGGCACAGAGCUUGCACUCCCCGCUUCACCGCGGGUCUAUGGCUGGAGCCAGCGCUGGACUGAGACAGGUCAGCAGCGUGGGAGCAGGUUCGGAGCUUGCUGUGGGGUGUCCCCAUCCAGAGACAGGCUCUGGGCAGAGCUCCAGGCUCUGCUCCUUCCCUGCAGCCCCAGGACACCUCACCGUGCUGCGCAGCCCUCCCUGGACAAGGGGACCCUGACCACCCGUGUGCCAUCGUGCAAGGAACAGCCAUGCCCUGCGCUGAGCGCUUCCCAGCCCGCAGCCCCCGCUGAGCAGGAAGAAGCCUGAGCCUCGUCCAGGUUGGGUGACUUUGGCCCCUGCCAACCGCCAUGGAUUGGAAAACGCUGCAGGCGCUCCUCAGCGGGGUCAACAAGUACUCCACAGCCUUCGGCCGCAUCUGGCUCUCCGUCGUCUUCGUCUUCCGCGUGCUGGUCUACGUGGUGGCGGCCGAGCGCGUGUGGGGAGAUGAGCAGAAGGACUUUGACUGCAACACACGGCAGCCGGGCUGCACCAACGUCUGCUAUGACCACUUCUUCCCCAUCUCCCACAUCCGCCUCUGGGCCCUGCAGCUCAUCUUCGUCACUUGCCCUUCCCUCCUGGUCAUCAUGCACGUGGCCUACAGGGAGGACCGUGAGAAGAAGAACCGGGAGAAGAAUGGGGAGAAUUGCCCCAAGCUCUACCCCAACACGGGCAAGAAGCACGGCGGGCUGUGGUGGACCUACCUGCUCAGCCUCUUCUUCAAGCUUAUCAUAGAGAUCCUGUUCCUCUACCUCCUCCACAAGAUGUGGGACAGCUUUGACUUGCCACGGCUGGUCAAGUGCACCAACGUGGAGCCCUGCCCCAACACUGUGGACUGCUACAUCGCUCGGCCAACCGAGAAAAGAGUCUUCACCUAUUUCAUGGUCGGAGCCUCCUCCAUCUGCAUCGUUCUCACCGUCUGUGAGAUCUUCUACCUCAUCUUCAAGCGGGUUGUGCGGAAUGCGCGGAAGUGGAAGAAGUCCGUCAAGCGCUCCGUCAGCUACAGCAAGGCCUCCACCUGCCAGUGCCACCUCAAGACGGAGGAGAAGGACAACAAGUCCCAGACGAGGUGUGUGGCAGCCCUGCGUGCCUCGGCCCCCAACGUGACUGCUGUCUGACAGGGUGCUGGGAGGAAAGGAGGGAGGGAGAUGUGUCCAUGGAUGGAUGGCCCCAGAGGUGGCCAUUGGUGAUGCCACCACCAGACUCUUCAGCCAGGACCUUGGUGGCUCUAAAGGGGAGGGGGACAUAUCCGUGGAAUCUUUCCUGCUUGGGGCUGUGGGAACGUCCCCCAGGUGUCCUGGUGGUGUGGGCAUGGUAGGUGUGUGCCAGCUGCCCAUGGGCGUUCCUGAGCCUGUCUGUUCUUUCCACAGAGCAGAGGAGCUGUGAGCUCGCCUGUCCCAGCCAGUUCACCUUCCCCUUGUCCCAGCAGCUUCUCAAGCCUGCCAAGUCCCCGAACCCCCGAGAGUCAGCCCGUGUGAAAAAUGACCAAACCAAACAAAGUAAAGCCCCCUGAGAGGGGCCGAUGGGUGCCCGAGCAGACGCAGGUAAGGUGAGGGCAGCCCCGGAGCUCUGCGGCUGCUCACGGUGAUGCCCAGGGCUGGCGUGCCCGGCGUCCACCCACUCCUCCCGGCUUGUCACGCAUCGUUAGACUUUUAUUCACCAGAACUGCACGCUGGCCCCCAAGGAAAUCAAGGAGGCAUCAGCAUCAAUUAUUUACUAAACCUUGAUAGAUAUUAAAAUAAAUAGAAAUUAUUUCCA